CUUACAGCGGUACUGCAAUGGUACGCACGCUGAGCACAAUGAGCAACUAUGGUAGUGUCGUACAUUCCUUGUGUCUUUGCUCGGACGCCAUAUUGGAUGAGGCGCUUUGUAACAAACCACUUGCAGUUUCCUUUUUUCCUGUUCUAUCCCCUCGCCUGUGUAGGGAGGCCGCAGUAAGCGCCGCUUUCUCUGCCCCCGCCCGCCACCGCCGCACAGCGCAGUCUCCGCCUCCAUCUUAUUGUCUCCGGAGGAGGAGGAAGGUUGGAGGCGGGCGCUCACAAGAUGGCGGCUCCCAGGGAGGCGUGAAAACAGUCUCCGGUACAUUGCCCACCGUUUGCACGCCGAGAAUAGCGGUCGCGGACGGAUUUUCCAGGCGGGCAAGAGUUCCCGCUUUGCAUUCUGUGUUUCAGUCUCGUUUCCUUCCUUUGUUUCUCACGGAACUCCCGUUGACAGGUGGGAAGAAGUGGCAGCUGGGAGUCGCUAGCUUCGCCGGCUUUUUCCUUUUCCAUCACAUCCGCUUUGCCUGUUCGAUUAGUAGCGAUUUCUGCAGAUUCCCCCUGACUGCGACCCGAGCAAAUAUCGAAAAACCACAAAAAAGGGAGGAGUUUGGACAUUUCGGUGUGUUGUCGCCCCGCUCGCCGCCAUCUUUGCUCUUCCUACCAACUCUUUAUUGGUUUGUUUGGACGGCACAAGAUGGCGGCUCCCAUGGACUCCCUCAGCUCUGCAACUCCCGGGCGGUUUUAAGGAAACAAACCCUUCACCGGCGAGACAGGGAAGAAGCUGCCGGGGGAGAGGACGCUGCAAGGUCCCCGUGUGGCCACAGAAGGGGCGAACCCCGCGGGAAGAAACAGACUUGCUGCUUUUUUCUCUCUCUGGCCGCCGUCAUAAAAUGGCGGCUCCCAUAGCGCCUCAGUGAGACCCGGCAACAGUGUAGGCCUCAGCGGGGAUUUUUAAACCCCGUUUUAUUCAGAUCACUUUUAUAGUACCAGCAACGGAACCACUGCUUUGGGGAUUUUAUUUAUCACUGUAAAAUAAAGAAAAGUGCAUUCUUAGCCCUGAAUCACAACGGAGAGGGAUUGAAUAUAUUGGAAGAAAGCUACAAUGGCGGCGACCCCGGCCAUAUCGACAGCCGGUGCCUUGCAGCCCCGCUGGAAGAGAGUAGUGGGAUGGUCGGGCCCGGUGCCUAGGCCCAGGCAUGGACACAGAGCUGUGGCUAUAAAGGAACUUAUCGUGGUUUUUGGAGGAGGGAACGAGGGCAUCGUGGAUGAGCUUCAUGUUUAUAAUACGUCAACAAACCAGUGGUUUAUUCCAGCGGUGAGAGGUGACAUACCCCCUGGAUGUGCCGCCUAUGGAUUUGUUUGUGAUGGGACACGUUUACUCGUUUUUGGAGGAAUGGUGGAGUAUGGAAAGUACAGCAAUGACUUGUAUGAGUUGCAGGCAAGCAGAUGGGAAUGGAAAAGACUAAAAGCCAAAGCACCCAAAAAUGGCCCACCACCAUGCCCUCGCCUUGGACACAGUUUUUCAUUGGUUGGAAACAAAUGCUAUCUUUUUGGUGGACUUGCUAAUGAUAGUGAGGACCCCAAGAACAACAUUCCUAGGUACCUAAAUGAUCUUUACAUCUUAGAGUUGCGCCCAGGCUCUGGAGUUGUAGCUUGGGAUGUUCCCAUAACAUAUGGUAUUCUGCCACCACCACGCGAAUCCCACACUGCAGUGGUUUACACAGAUAAAGAUAACAAGAAGUCUCGUUUGGUAAUAUAUGGGGGCAUGAGUGGAUGCAGACUUGGUGAUCUUUGGAUAUUGGAUAUAGAUACACUGACUUGGAGCAAACCCAGUCUGAAUGGUGUUGCGCCACUCCCAAGAAGUCUUCAUUCUGCCACAACCAUACUGAAUAAAAUGUAUGUCUUUGGAGGAUGGGUGCCUCUUGUAAUGGAUGAUGUUAAGGUAGCCACCCAUGAGAAAGAAUGGAAAUGCACUAAUACUCUUGCAUGUCUCAACCUUGAGAGCAUGUCAUGGGAACAUAUUGUAAUGGACACCUUAGAGGAUAACAUUCCACGCGCUCGUGCAGGCCAUUGUGCAGUGGCCAUCAAUACACGUCUCUAUAUAUGGAGUGGCCGGGAUGGUUACCGCAAAGCCUGGAACAACCAGGUGUGUUGCAAGGAUCUGUGGUACCUUGAAACAGAGAAGCCACCUGCACCUGCCCGUGUGCAACUGGUAAGGGCAAACACCAACUCCCUGGAGGUUAGCUGGGGUGCUGUGCCCACUGCAGACAGUUACUUAUUGCAACUACAAAAAUAUGACAUACCAGCUGCUGCUGCAGCAAUGUCUCCGGCCAAUCCAGUCCCAUCUGUGCCAGUAAAUCCACCCAAGAGCCCUGCACCUGCAGCUGCCGCUCCAACAGUACAGCAACUUGCACACACUGGCAUUACCCUCUUACCUCAAGCAGCCUCUGUGCCACCCACAACAGCCACAAUCCAGGUCUUGCCUACUAUGCCUGGGAGUCCUAUUGCAGUAUCUGCUGCUCCUCGCACACAAGCUGUCCCAGCUGUCCUUAAAGUUGGAGGCCAGCAGUCCACUGUAAGCACACCUCUAGUUACUGUAAGGCCAGCUAAUCAGAUUACUAAAGCUCCUGUCACUGUGACUUCUCUCCCACCUGGUGUGCGCAUGGUUGUUCCUGCACAGAGCACCCAGGGUGCCGCUAUUGGUAGCAGUCAGCCAAUGAGUGGCAUGGCUGCUCUUGCUGCAGCUGCUGCUGCAACACAGAAGAUACCCCCUUCCUCUGCACCCACUGUGCUUAGUGUACCUGCUGGAGCUACUAUGGUAAAAACUGUUUCUAUGCCCUCUGGAACCACCACACUUCCCACUACUGUCAAAGUGGCAUCCUCACCAGUAAUGGUGAGCAACCCUGCAACCCGUAUGUUGAAAACAGCUGCUGCGCAAGUUGGUACUUCAGCUCCCACUACUGGCAAUGCGCAGACUCGUCCUAUAAUCACAGUGCAUAAGUCGGGAACUGUGACUGUCGCUCAACAGGCCCAAGUUGUAACCACUGUGGUGGGCGGUGUUACCAAAACCAUCACUCUAGUUAAGAGUCCUAUCUCUGUUCCUGGUGGCAGUGCUUUGAUAUCCAAUCUUGGAAAAGUGAUGUCUGUUGUCCAGACCAAACCUGUGCAAACCUCUGCAAUAACAGGCCAGGCGUCUACUGGGCCACUGACACAGAUCAUACAGACCAAAGGACCGCUGCCUGCCGGAACAAUACUGAAACUUGUAACAUCUGCUGAUGGGAAACCCACAACUAUAAUUACCACCACACAAGCUGGAGGCACAGGCACCAAGCCUACCAUCCUGGGUAUUAGCAGUGUUUCUCCAAAUACCACUAAACCAGGAACUACUACAAUAAUUAAAACAAUUCCCAUGUCUGCCAUUAUCACCCAAGCAGGUGCCACAGGUGUAACAAACACUGCUGGAAUUAAGUCACCAAUUACCAUUCUAACAACCAAAAUGGUGACAUCUGGCACUGGAACCCCAGCCAAAAUAAUUACAGCUGUUCCGAAACUUACCACUACCCAUGGACAACAGGGGUUAACACAGGUGGUGCUAAAAGGAGCACCGGGGCAGCCUGGCACAAUUCUUCGUACUGUCCCAAUGAGUGGCGUAAGGCUUGUCACACCAGUAACAGUUUCUGCGGUGAAACCUACUGUCACCACCCUUGUUGUGAAAGGCACCACAGGAGUCACCACCCUUGGUACUGUUUCGGGAACCGUUUCAACUAGUUUAGCCGGAGGUGGAGUUCAUAACACUGCUUCUCUAGCGACACCAAUUAAUACCUUGGGCACAAUUGCUACUCUCUCCAGACAGGUGAUCAACCCUGGAGCCAUUACUAUGUCUGCAGCUCAGACUUCUCUCACUGCAGCAUCUGGACUGUCUACUCCUACCAUCACCAUGCAGCCGCUUUCUCAGCCUACACAAGUGACAUUAAUUACAACUCCUAGUGGGGUUGAGGCCCAGCCUGUUCAUGAUCUUCCAGUGUCUAUACUGGCUUCACCAACCUCUGACCAGCCCACAGCUACUGUAACUAUUGCAGAUUCUGGCCAAGGAGACCAGCCUGGCACUGUCACUUUGGUUUGCUCCAACCCUCCUUGUGAAACUCAUGAGACUGGAACCACCAAUACUGCCACCACCACUCUUGUAAAUCUCAGCAGCAUUGUCCAGCAACCUGGUGGCACUUUACAGUUUGUUUGUGAAGGUCAAGAGCCUGGAACAUAUGUAGCAACUUCUUUGGCUCAAGCAAAUGGCAGCGUGGUCAGAGUUUGCUCAAAUCCUCCAUGUGAAACCCAUGAAACCGGAACAACCCAGACAGCAACUACAGCCAUGGCCAGCAUUGGGCAAGCAGGAAACAUCACAAGGGUUUGCUCCAACCCACCCUGUGAAACCCAUGAAACUGGAACCACUCAAACUGCAACAACAGCUAUGUCAAAUAUUAGCAGCGGGGAGAUGGGAACUGUGACCAGGAUUUGUUCAAAUCCCCCAUGUGAAACCCAUGAAACAGGAACUACUCAAACUUCCACCACUGCAAUGGCAAAUAUGGGCAGUGGGCAGACUGCAAGUGGGACAAGAGUUUGUUCUAAUCCACCAUGUGAGACUCAUGAAACUGGUACAACUCCAACAGCUACAACAGCUAGGUCAAAUAUUGGCAAAGAACAAACGGAGAACCAUCAAAGGCCGCCUAGAUUACCAUGUGAGACAUUGGAAACUGUAUCUACCCGUACAGUCAUGACUGUGACUGCUAGCAUUAUCAGUGGACAGGCAGAGAACUUGCAUGUUUGUUCCAACCCUCCAUGUGAAACUCAUGAGACAAACACCACCAGCACAACCGUGAAUGUAACAGCUAACAUUGGAACAGAUCAGUCACAAAAUGUUGUAAGAGUUUGCUCUAACCCACCCUCAGAGACCCAUGAAACUGGCACCACUCAUACCCCUACCACAGCAAGAUCUAACAUCGGUUCUGGGCUAACAGAGAAUGUUCAGAGGACCCCAAAUAAUCCUCCAUGUGAAACACACCAAACAAGUUCCACAAAAACCACCAUGUCUGUACAUGCCAGCUUUAGUUCGGACUCCUGCAACCUUAUUGAAGUAGAAAAUUCUGGUGCUGUGUGCAGCGAUAAAGAAUCUACUAAGCUGGAGGAAACAGGGGAAGUUCCUACCAGUCGCCCAUGGGAAACCCUUCUGACUGGCACUACACACACAGCAACCACCGCCAAAUCUAACAUGAACUCUGGGUCUUCGGAUAACAAAAACCGGUCUGCCAAUGAAACUUCCUGUGAGACCCAUCAGGCAACCUCCACGCGAACCAUGAUGACUGUAUCAACUGAGUCAAGUAAAGUACAGUCUCCAAGUAGUGAGGCCAAUGAUAUCCUUGGAGACAACCAAAUUACGAGCAUUGUGUGUUCCAAUCCACCCUGUGAAACUCAUGAAACGAACACCACCAAUACCCCAACAACUUCUAGGUCAAACAUUGGGACAGAGCAGGCUGCAAAUGUUCAGCACCUUUCCAGUGAGACAAACCAGGCGAUCUCCACUGGAAGUACAGAGACUCAACCAAACAUCCUAGAGCCGCGGGUUUGCUCCAACCCUCCUUGUGAAACCCAUGAAACCAAUACCACCAACACAUCAACAACAUCCACAUCUAACAUAGGCAACCAGCCUGCUGCUCCUACUCAGCAAGUCUGUUCUAACCCUCCUUGUGAAACUCACGAGACUGGUACAACCCAUACAGCUACCACAGUUACAGCCAGCAUGGGAACCAACCAAGAUCAGCCACCUGCCAGUGGGGAAGGAGAACAAGAGUCUGAGCAGGCGGAUGGAUCUGUCCAAAGCAGCAGCGUCAGUACUGGCUCCUCAUCCUCCCCUGUUACUAUAGUGGCUGUAGCUUCUGCCGCAUCUUCCUCUCCAGUACACUCUGCAGUGCCACCCGCUGCCUCCAGAGCAGUAACAACUGUAACACAGUCCACACCCCUUCCUGGACCUUCUGUGCCGAACAUUUCUUCUAUGACUGAACCAUCCGCUGAAGUUGCUGUGCAAGGAUCUGAGGCUGUUUCUUGCACGGAGCAAUCGGAAGCUCAGCUUUCCUCGGAUAUUCUUCAGCCACCUGAGGACAUGCAGUCAGAAGCAGAGGCACUUCAGCAGCCAAUAGACAGUGCGGUAGCAGAACACAGUGAAGCAGAUCUGCAAGCAGCUAUGGAAGCAGAAUCCAGUCAGGAUGCCUCAGUGGCUGCUGACCAACAAGCAGUAGAACAGCUAUCUCUUCCUCAAGAACUUAUGGCAGAGGGACAGACAACCACACUGAUGGUGACAGGACUUACACCCGAGGAGCUUGCGGUAACUGCUGCAGCAGAGGCAGCAGCGCAAGCAGCAGCAACAGAGGAGGCCCAGGCAUUGGCCAUCCAAGCUGUGCUACAGGCUGCCCAGCAGGCAGUGAUGGGUUUCCAAGCUGCAUCUGGGGAACCUAUGGAUACCUCUGACGUGGCUCAUGCUGAGCUGCGUCAUCUGACGACAGAAGGGCCUACAACAACUAUUCCCAUUGUCCUUACGCAGCAGGAGCUGGCCGCCUUGGUGCAGCAGCAACAACAGCUGCAAGAGCAGCAGCAGAUUCAACAACAUCAGCUCCAACAGCAACAACUCCAACAACUGCAGCAGCAGCAGUUGCAACAGCAGCAACAACUUCACCAGCAGCAGCUGCAACAUUUACAGCAAUUGCACCAUGUGCCUACAGAGGCCCUUGCACCUGCUGAUAGCCUUAAUGAUCCUGCCAGUGAAAGCAAUGGGCUCAGCGAGCUGACUAGUGCUGUGACCAGUGCAGUGGCACUCUUGCCAACCACAGCCACUGAUAAUUUGACUGUAUCUAAUACAUUCACAGCGUCUCAGCCUGUUGUGAUUGCCAGUCCUGCCAAACUGCAGGCUGCAGCUGCUCUAACAGAGGUUGCCAACGGCAUUGAAUCGAAACAGGAUUCCCCACCACAGCAGCCUAAAGCUCCAGUAAAGAAGGAGAAUCAGUGGUUUGAUGUGGGAGUAAUAAAGGCCACUAAUAUGAUGGUGACACAUUAUUACCUGCAGGCAGAUGACUCCAAUAAUGAUGAUGACUCUGGUGUCCUGCCGGAUUACAGCCAAUUGAAGAAGCAAGAGCUGCAGCCUGGUACAGCCUACAAAUUCCGGGUUGCUGGUAUAAAUGCUUGCGGUCGUGGACCCUUCAGUGAGAUAUCGGCUUUUAAAACUUGUUUGCCUGGUUUCCCUGGAGCACCAUGUGCCAUAAAGAUCAGCAAGAGCCCAGAUGGAGCUCACCUUACCUGGGAGCCUCCCUCUGUGACCUCAGGCAAAAUCAUUGAGUAUUCCGUUUAUCUGGCCAUCCAGAGCAGCCAAACCAGUGGAGAACAGAAGUCUACCCCAGCUCAGCUGGCUUUUAUGAGGGUAUACUGUGGCCCUAACCCUUCUUGUCUGGUGCAGUCCUCCAGCCUUUCCAAUGCUCAUAUAGAUUACACCACAAAACCUGCCAUUAUCUUUCGCAUUGCUGCCCGAAAUGAAAAAGGCUAUGGACCUGCCACCCAAGUCAGGUGGCUGCAGGAAUCUAACAAGGAUGGAUCAGCUGGGAAGCCAGCCAAUAAACGGCCUGUAUCCUCCCCUGAUAUGAAAUCCGCUCCAAAGAAAGCAAAGUCUGAUCAUGCCUGAUCAAGUUCAUAGCACCUGUCCAGCCUGUUAAAAGACCCUCCAACAAAUAUCUCCUUGCUGUUCCUCAAUUGCUAAGCCCCAUGUUUUUUUAUAUAUAUAUGUAUAUAUAUAUAUAUAUAUAUGUGUGUGUAUAUAUAUAUAUAUAUAUAUAUAUAUAUAUAUAUAAUAUAUAUAUAAUAUAUAUAUAUAAUAUAUAUAUGUAUGUUGCUUAUUCUACUCUGGCUCUUCGGGUUGGUAGGAAGGGCUGGUUUUAUUGCUCUGCCUCCCCCCUUUACUUUUUUUUAUCAUUGAUAGAUUGUGGGAAUAGUAGCAAAAGCACAUUUUACUUUUCUCCCCUUUUUGAUAGGUUGAGAUGGACUUCAAUAUAUCCCAUUUUCUCAGUUGUCAGUGUUUCUUUUUUUCUUUUGUUUCCCCCACCACCACCACCACCACCUUGUCCUUUUAUGGGGCAAAGGCAAAGAGGACACUUGUAAACCAACAGGAGUUUGUCAACUGUGGACAAGCAAACCAAUCUGAAAACCUACAUUUUUUUUUUUUUUUUUUUUUUGUUUCUCUUCCUAACAUUCAUACAUAUGAGAAUUUUUCCACAAGCCUUUCUGACUGGUUCGAACUGUUUUCUUCAUAAAAGAAAAUGGGAACAUCAGUUUUGGGAACUUGCUUGAUUUAUCCGCAACAGAAGCACUUGGACUUGCGUCACAGCCAUCCUGGUGUUUAGGGGUGUAAUGGUUUUUAAAGACAUGAGCAGACUUUAAGAGAAGGGGUGCAGAACUUUGAACUGUAGUCACAGAAAGGAUCUUUCUACCUGUGCUACUUUUUAAACCGACAGAGCCAUGCCGCACAUCCGGAUAUGAUCCCUCCUCUCUUCUGUUUUUGUUAUGGGUGCCGCACGUGUACAAUACUCCUCACCGACAAACAUGAUUGACUUGACGUACUCGAGACAAAGGAGAGGAGUGAGACUUGCGUGCGGAAUUCUUUGCCCUUUUUGGUGUUCAGGGUGCUACAAGAAGCGCUUGGAAACCUGUUCACAGCUUGCUGGAAGUUACCAGGAAACUCCACACCACCAACAAUUUUCACAUUUUUUUUUAUAUCUAUAUAUAUUGCAACAACGUUUGUUUGAAUGAAGUUUUCAAUUUGUAUAACCAUUUCCAAUGUGUGGAGUCUAUAUAACUUUUUUCUUUCCUUCCUCCCACCCCCUUAGUUUGGGAUGGCCAUUGGUAAUCCCCCUCUGAUCGCCACUUAUCCAGAGCUUAUUGAUCACAUUAGGUGCAAGAGUAAUUGCUGAAACAAGCGUUGCAGGCUCAGAGUUUUCCUUAUUGAUGGCAUCACCUUUAUUGGCUUAAGCCCACCCCCCCCCCCCCCCCCCCCUUUUCUUUGCCAGCAUAGCCAAGGAUGUCUUAUCUGGCAAUGAUGAGUGACAAAUCUUGUACAAAGUUUUGCAUUGUACGCUUUAAAUACAGUUUUUCCCCUUUAUAUAGCUUAGGUGGCUUAGACUUCCAUCUGCCUUUUUUUUCUUUAUUGUGUUUUCUGUAGGAAAAAACAUUAGUUAUUGAGGCAUAGUUUGUCAUGUCAGGGGCACAGCCUUGUGUCCUAAGCAAUACAUCAAGCUGAGAGAGAAUUCCCACCCCCUUGCAGUGUUUUUCUUCCCACCCCUGCCUUUUUGCUGACUGAACCAUCAAAUGCCAGAGAACUAAUUCAAUGAAUUAAAAAAUUCCAAACCCCAACCCAACUCCCUCCCCCUUAGGACUUGCCAAUUGUUUCUCCCCGCCUCUUAGCAAAGAAAGUCAGUGACAACCUCCCCCCCCCCCCCAAGUAGUUGGAGGAAAGGCAGUCCACAUUGGCAGAUCAUUAUACAUAAGUAAAGUAUAUAUAUAUACAUAUAUAAAUAUAUAUAAAUGCCCUGUUGGAGCUGUUUUAUUAAACUUCUUCCAACAGGUGGGAUUUUUUUUUCUUUUUUUGUAACAAAGUAAAAACAUGGUUUAUAAGAAAAUAAUAAUUUAAAAAAAAAAAAAAAAAAAACUGCCGUAGCUUAAAGCAUGAUUUUGGGUUUUUUUUCUACAAAAAAAACAAAACUAGGAAACCGCAAAAAAAAUAAAAUUAAGUCAUUUAGGAUUUACAUUAUUUCAGUAACUUUUAUCUGACUCUUCCAUGCGUCGAGCUGAUUAAAUGUGUGUACAUAUAUAUAUAUAUAUAAUUCUCCCCCCUUUAUUUUUAAUCUAUCUAGCAGGUUCCAAAAUGUUUAACUUCUUCGUACACGGCACAACAUUUUGCCUCUGUGGUAUUCCGGCUUUUUGUAAAGUUGUGUGCAAGGAAUGAAGUCCUGGCCCUUUUUUUUUUUCUUUUCCUUUUUCUGUUCUUGACUCUUAGAGUCAAAAAGGGGGGGGUUGUUUUCUCCUAGUUUUUUUUUUUUUUUUUUUUUCCUGAUCUAGGGCUAUGUCAUGGGUUUAAACCAGUCCUGAUAUUGGAUCUGUCCUUGCAUCCACGGUAGAACAUUGGCUUGAUAAAGGGACGGGGGGUAGUGGCAAGGUUCCGAGAAGGUAUCUGAUAAUUCUAUGAAUUGUCAGUUUUUAAGUUACUGCUCUUGAGCUCUCGCUCUAAUAUGGGUAGGAAGGUGACUGUGAAGUCAGAUGUGGAAUACGUAGUAGUACGGGAAGAGUUAGGCUUUACUUACUAACAGUGUCCGAGAGUUUGUCCUAAGUAGUGUGCCUGUCCCCUACCCUACCCCCAUAAACAGAAAGUAAUUACAGCUUUGCCUGAAAUCUCUGCUGGCAGCUGAUUGGAAGAGGCAGUGGACAAACUACAGAGGAGAUCUUUGCGUCAGAUUCCCGCUGCCAGUCCUUGUUUUUGUAUUAUAGUGUUACUGUGUGUUAUGGCCUAGAACCUCCCUGCUAAAACCUCACCUUGCUUUUUUCUUUGAGAAGAAAAGCUAUUACUUCCAUUGUAGAGGAGUUCUCCAAGUGAAUCAAUAUUACUAUAGUGCUAUCUGUCGUUUUUGUGCUAUUUUGAACAAUUAAAGACAUUUUUUGAAA